AUGUCUCUCUCGCGCCUCAACGCGGGCUUUUUGACCGUCUGGGUCCUCCUCCUGAUGCUAUGCUCAUUCAACUCCUACGACGACCCGUCCUCUAUCUUUUACGACAAGGAGCGAGGCUACCAACUGCGGUUCUCGCGCGAGCGCGCCACAGAAGCCGAUGUUUUUCUCCGCAACAUCCCGCCCAAAUUGCCGCCCGACGAAAAGCAGUUCCUCUGCGUCGGCGUCCCUAGCAUCAAUCGCACAACGCAGUCCUUCCUCUCGCACACCAUCGCCACCCUAACCGAUAACCUCACGCCGCAAGAGCGCGCCUCCAUCCAUCUUGUCGUUUUACUUGCCGACCGACCUUCGGACCGCCACUCCGCUUACGGACAGCAAUGGCUCGAGAGCCUCGCCGAUGAAGUCCUGCUGUACGGCAAACCGCCCACCAGCGGCAAUAGCAGUAUAUACCGAACAGUUCCAUUCGACUUAGUACCUGACCGAACGCGGGGCGACGGACGCGUGGAAAACAUGCGGCUGGAUCAUUCCCUCCUCGUCGAAACAUGUCGCGACCACGAUGCCGACUACUUCGUCCUCGUCGAAGACGACAUAAUAGCGUCGCGCGACUGGUUCGCGCGCCUAAAGCGAGGCCUCGCAUACGUUGAAGCCAAGACAGUAAAGACAAAGCAAGAGUGGAUAUACCUCCGACUGUUCUACUCGGAGCUGCUCAUGGGCUGGAACAGCGAGGAAUGGCUCACCUACGCAGUCCACGUCUUCCUCACCUACGCGGUCGCCCUGAUCGUCUUCUUGGUGGCUCGAAAACGAUUCCGCCUCGGCGCCGCCGGAUCCAGCAAAUACGUCCAGAGAUGCCGGUACGUCACGGCGCUUGCCUUUGGCUUCUGGCUGCCGGCGCUGAUCGCGUUGUACUUUCUCGCCGGCCGGGUGGCGGUCAGCCGCAUCAACCCCCUCGCGUGGAACUCGCACGGUGUGCGCGAGAUGCCCAACUACGGGUGCUGCGCGCAAGGGCUGGUGUUCCCCCGGCGCCAGCUCGACGGUGUUUUUCAGCUGAUGCGCUUCCCCCCAUACGAUUUUCCCGGAGACAUGAUCCUCGAGGGCUACGCGGGCGACCGGGGCCUAAAGAAGUGGGCGCUCGACCCGAGCGUGUUCCAGCAUGUGGGCUUUACGGAGUCGUCCGAGGGUCCGAGGCGGGCCGAGGUGUGGAAUUUUAGCUUUGAGCGGAUUAGACCAGGCUCGUCUUGGAUAUGGGGUUGA